AAGCGUCAACCGUCCGACCCGGGACGUGAAGGGACGCGGGAGAGACGGCAGCUGAUAGCGGUCGUGAGGGAGGGAAGAGGGGGCGGGAAAGGCGGCUACUCCACUCCACCUCACCCACCGACAGCGGCAGCGGCAGGGGAGCGAGGUGGACAGAUGGGGGGCCUGGGCAGCCGCCUGUCCGGGGGCCGGGCCUCCGCCUCCGCCACCGACUGCGAGUGCGAUUGCCAGCGGAGGAAACGAGCGCGGCCGCCCGACGACUGCGACUGUUCCGAGAGCGAAGCCCCGCGAAGAAAGAAGCUAAAAAGCACUUCCAAGUACAUUUAUCAGACUCUCUUCCUCGCUGGAGAAAACAGUGAUAUCACCAUCUGUGCUCUGGGACAAGAAUGGCACUUACACAAAAUAUAUCUCUGUCAGUCCGGUUACUUUUCAAGUAUGUUCAGUGGAUCAUGGAAGGAGUCAAAUAUGAACUAUAUAGAACUCGAGAUUCCAGAUCAGAACAUCGACACUGAGGCGCUGCAAGUGGCAUUUGGCUCAUUGUACAGGGACGACGUCUUAAUCCAGCCCAGCCGGGUGGUAACGAUUCUGGCAGCAGCCUGUAUGCUACAGUUGGACAGUCUGAUUCAACAGUGUGGUGAAACUAUGAAGGAAACAAUCAGUUCCAAAACUGUUUGUGGUUUCUAUGCAGCUGCUGGAACUUAUGGCUUGGACUCAGUGAAGCAAAAGUGUCUUGAGUGGCUUUUAAACAACCUAAUGACGCAUCAAAGUGUUGAACUCCUGAAGGAACUGAGCAUAGGUCUGAUGGAGAAGCUGGUGUGUUCGUCAGACCUGUUUGUGAUGCAGGUAGAGAUGGAUGUGUAUACUGCACUUAAGAAGUGGAUGUUCCUCCAGCUGGUGCCUUCCUGGAAUGGAACCUUGAAACAGUUAUUAACAGAUGCAGAUGCCUGGUUCUCCAAACGCAGAAAAGAAGCCUGCAAUUACAGCAGCUUCUUAGACACGGAACAAGGACAAAAGUUUGCUGUUGUCUUUAGUCACAUCCGCCUGCAGUAUGUCAUCAAUGAUCUGACAUCUGCCAAAAUUAUUGAGCGAGACAUGAUUAUCUCUUCGGGCUGGCUUGCGGCCAUGUACAAACAGCAGUGGUUUGCUAUGCUGAGGACUGAGCAGGACAAUGACCUGGGACCAAAAGAAAUAAACAGGGAAGAGUUUGAGAUGCACAGCAUGCGGUGUGGAAGAAAACUGGCUAAAGAUGGUGAUUACUGCUGGCGGUGGACAGGUUUCAGCUUUGGGUUUGACCUGCUGGUGACGUAUACAAAUCGAUUCAUCAUAUUCAAGAGGAACACUCUGAGCCAGCCAUGCAAUGGGGCUGUGAGUCUGCUGCCUCGCAGAAACAUUGCUUUCAGAUUAAGACUGGCAUCAUUUGACAGCAAUGGGAAAGUGAUCUGUAGUCGAUCAGCUGGUUAUCAGGUCCUAUCACUGGAGAAAGACCAGGAACAGAUUGUGCUGAAUCUGGACAGCCGGCUCCUGAUCUUCCCACUCUACAUUUGCUGCAAUUUCCUUUACACAUCACCAGAGACAAAAGCUGAGAGUGAGGAGCAGCCGCCAAACAGUGAGAACUGAAAUGGGAUGUCACUGUUGGGUCGGUCCCUGUCCACAUGCUCUCUGUCCAGAUGACUGGCUCUUCUCCACGAGUAGCUCACGGUCAUUUUAACCAUUUCGGGGAACAGUUGAGCGCUUGUUCAGUGCAUCGGUCUGAGGAACUGCUCAUAAGGAAUAAAGAAAUCAUACACGCCACAAGUCACAAGGAAAGAAACCGCUGCAUCUACUUUUCUUGCUCUGCAAUUUAUUGUUAUUUUUUUAGAAAAGCAAUUGUGUUCUGGGACAAUUUAAUAGUAAAAUGGAGAUAUGCAGUUAAAAAUGUGUCAGAUGGGAUAAACAUGCUCCAAACGAACUGUUCUUGUCUCCCUGACUAAGCUGUGUGUACUGUGUGAAUGAUUUUGAACAGCAAUCAGGGGGGUAACCAGUCUAAUAAGAACAGGUCUUCAGUUGCUAUCUAGAAAGACAACUGCCCUAAUUAAUGCAAACGUGAAGUGUUGUUUCUACCUGCUCCUUCUCCAUGUUUAUUUCCCAGGAGACCUACUCGAGGUUUUCUCAGGCAGUGUUGCUACAACUGCCCGAUACAGUACCGAAACAGGUCCUAUAGCUCAACUCAUCCAAGCUGAUCAAUGUCCGUUUUCCCACGUUUGUCUCAUAUCCCGCUAAACCUUUCCUAUCCAUGAAUAAUCUGUUCAAAUGCCCUUUUAACAUUAUGAUUAUACCUUCCUCUACCACUUCCUCUUGCAAAUUGUUCCACAUUUCCACCACCUUCCGUGAUUAAAGUGUCCCUCCGAUCUCCUUUAAAUCUUUCCCUUCUCACCUUAAACAUAUACCCUCUAUUUUAGAUGCCAUCUGCCUGUGAAAAAUACUGAUCAUCCACAUUAUCUCUGACCCUAAUUUAGUACUAUUUUCUGAAUAGCUUAGCUCCAAUUACUCACCAGCAGCUGAAAUGUCAGCAUUCAGCAAAUUAUGGGUCCAUCUGAUCUUUCUCACCUCAUCCUGGGACAUCAAUAUGUCUAGUUUAGAUACACAGCAUGGAAACGGGCCCUUCGACCCACUAAGUAUGUGCUGACCAGCGAUCACCUGUAAGCUGGUUCUAUCCUACACACAAAGGACAAUUUACAGAAGCUGCCAAACCUGCAUGCCUUUGGAAUGUGGGAGGAAGCCAGAGCACCCACACGGAGAAAACACACGCGAUCACAGGGAGAACAUACAAACUACGUACAGACAGCACCCGUGGUCGGGAUCGAACCCAGGUCUCUGGCGCUGUGAGGCAGCAACUCUACCGCUGCGCCUCCACUUUGUGAGAUCUGGUUCCUUAGCCAUGUCUCUUGCUCAAGAUUCUUCGUUAAGCUGCAGGGGAGGCCAGAAUUGCUCCUGGGUGAAGCUUUAAAACCAGGACUGAAAGGAAGAAACAAACAGCUCUCCUUCUUCUCCAUCCCAAAGCAAAUGGGUCCAAAGAACUAACAUUUUUCAACUGUGCCUUUUCACUUUGGACUUUCUGAUUGCAAGGGCAAUGGUGUCCUCUGCUGACCACUGUCUGUAAUUACAUCUGUAUUUUACAAUGCGUUGUCACAACCCAACAGUCUUCCUAUAACUAGAUCAGUCUGAAGAAGAGUUUUGGCACGAAAUGUUGCCUAUUUCCUUCGCUCCAUAGAUGCUGCCGCAACCGCCGAGUUCCUCCAGCACUUCCUAUAACUGCACCUAAAAACAGUUUAAUAACCUUAUUGCACUUAUUACCACAGUUUUCCCUGUUUAGAAUGUUUGAACGAGAAAUGGAAGAUUAGAGCGGGAAUGAUCAAGAUGUUUCAAUCUUUACUUUGAUACAGUACCUUGUUUUACAGUGUUGGCAUGCACGACCUGCUUUGUACCUGAGUGAUGCACUCUAUAUUUGAUAAUCAUUAAACAUGUCGAGCCUUAUGUACCAAAAAAAAACUACAGAUGCUGGAAAUCUGAAAUAAAAACAGAGAGGGCUGGAAAUACUCAGCAGGUCGGGCAACAUAUGUGGAAGCAUUUCAGAAAUAUUGACUAUGCAUCUUUCUUCACAAAAUCUGCCUGACUUGCUGAGUAUGUACACCACUUUCUGUGUAUUUUCCCCCU